AGGUCGCUCCUUCCCUCCCCGGCAGUGGCCAGACGUGCCUGGAGUCACAGGGUAGAACACGUAGCUCCAACCCACCCACUCGCUCCCAUUUAACCCAGCCCGCAGCCUCUCCAUUACUCCUCGGCUUGCCCCCCCACCCCCCCACUCCGCCCUAACCGCCCCCCCCUCACCCGCUCCCUCCCGCCUCCCCGCCCGCCCCACUUCUCAUUCACUUGGCUUGCACGGCGCAGACCGCGCAGGGAGCACACACCGCCAGUCUGUGCGCUGAGUCGGAGCCAGAGGCCGCGGGGACACCGGGCCAUGCACGCCCCCAACUGAAGCUGCAUCUCAAAGCCGAAGAUUCCAGCAGCCCAGGGGAUUUCAAAGAGCUCAGACUCAGAGGAACAUCUGCGGAGAGACCCCCGAAGCCCUCUCCAGGACAGUCCUCAUCCAGACGCUCCGCUAGUGCAGACAGGAGCGCGCAGUGGCCCCGGCUCGCCGCGCCAUGGAGCGGAUCCCCAGCGCGCAACCACCCCCCGCCUGCCUGCCCAAAGCACCGGGACUGGAGCACGGAGACCUACCAGGGAUGUACCCUGCCCACAUGUACCAAGUGUACAAGUCAAGACGGGGAAUAAAGCGGAGCGAGGACAGCAAGGAGACCUACAAAUUGCCGCACCGGCUCAUCGAGAAAAAGAGACGUGACCGGAUUAACGAGUGCAUCGCCCAGCUGAAGGAUCUCCUACCCGAACAUCUCAAACUUACAACUUUGGGUCACUUGGAAAAAGCAGUGGUUCUUGAACUUACCUUGAAGCAUGUGAAAGCACUAACAAACCUAAUUGAUCAGCAGCAGCAGAAAAUCAUUGCCCUGCAGAGUGGUUUACAAGCUGGUGAGCUGUCAGGGAGAAAUGUCGAAACAGGUCAAGAGAUGUUCUGCUCAGGUUUCCAGACAUGUGCCCGGGAGGUGCUUCAGUAUCUGGCCAAGCACGAGAACACUCGGGACCUGAAGUCUUCGCAGCUUGUCACCCACCUCCACCGGGUGGUCUCGGAGCUGCUGCAGGGUGGUACCUCCAGGAAGCCAUCAGACCCAGCUCCCAAAGUGAUGGACUUCAAGGAAAAACCCAGCUCUCCGGCCAAAGGCUCGGAAGGUCCUGGGAAAAACUGCGUGCCAGUCAUCCAGCGGACUUUCGCUCACUCGAGUGGGGAGCAGAGCGGCAGCGACACGGACACAGACAGUGGCUAUGGAGGAGAAUCGGAGAAGGGCGACUUGCGCAGUGAGCAGCCGUGCUUCAAAAGUGACCACGGACGCAGGUUCACCAUGGGAGAAAGGAUCGGCGCAAUUAAGCAAGAAUCCGAAGAACCCCCCACAAAAAAGAACCGGAUGCAGCUUUCAGAUGAUGAAGGCCAUUUCACUAGCAGUGACCUGAUCAGCUCCCCGUUCCUGGGCCCACACCCACACCAGCCUCCUUUCUGCCUGCCCUUCUACCUGAUCCCACCUUCAGCGACUGCCUACCUGCCCAUGCUGGAGAAGUGCUGGUAUCCCACCUCAGUGCCAGUGCUAUACCCAGGCCUCAACGCCUCUGCCGCAGCCCUCUCUAGCUUCAUGAACCCAGACAAGAUCUCGGCUCCCUUGCUCAUGCCCCAGAGACUCCCUUCUCCCUUGCCAGCUCAUCCGUCCGUCGACUCUUCUGUCUUGCUCCAAGCUCUGAAGCCAAUCCCCCCUUUAAACUUAGAAACCAAAGACUAAACUCUCUAGGGGAUCCUGCUGCUUUGCUUUCCUUCCUCGCUACUUCCUAAAAAACAACAAAAAAGUUUUUGUGAAUGCUGCAAGAUUGUUGCAUUGUGUAUACUGAGAUAAUCUGAGGCAUGGAGAGAAGAUUCAGGGUGUGUGUGUGUGUGUAUGUAUGUAUGUAUGUAUGUGCGUGUGCGUGCACAUGUGUGCCUGCGUGUUGGUAUAGGACUUUAAAGCUCCUUUUGGCAUAGGGAAGUCACGAAGGAUUGCUUGACAUCAGGAGACUUGGGGGGUGGGGGGGUUGUAGCAGACGUCUGGGCUUUUCCCCGCCCAGAGAAUAGCCCCCUUUGAUACACAUCAGCUGGAUUUUCAAAAGCUUCAAAGUCUUGGUCUGUGAGUCACUCUUCAGUUUGGGAGCUGGGUCUGUGGCUUUGAUCAGAAGGUACUUUCAAAAGAGGGCUUUCCAGGGCUCAGCUCCCAACCAGCUGUUAGGACCCCACCCUUUUGCCUUUAUUGUCGACGUGACUCACCAGACGACGGGGAGAGAGAGCAGUCAGACCGAGCUUUCUGCUAACAUGGGGAGGUAGCAGGCACUGGCAUAGCACGGUAGUGGUUUGGGGAGGUUUCCGCAGGUCUGCUCCCCACCCCUGCCUCGGAGGAAUAAAGAGAAUGUAGUUCCCUACUCAGGCUUUCGUAGUGAUUAGCUUACUAAGGAACUGAAAAUGGGCCCCUUGUACAAGCUGAGCUGCCCCGGAGGGAGGGAGGAGUUCCCUGGGCUUCUGGCACCUGUUUCUAGGCCUAACCAUUAGUACUUACUGUUCAGGGAACCAAACCAAGGUCUGAGAGAUGCGGACACCCCGAGCGAGCACCCCAAAGUGCACAAAGCUGAGUAAAAAGCUGCCCCCUUCAAGCAGAGCUAGACUCAGUUGUCAAUUCCAUCCUAAAACUCCUUUUAACCAAGCUUAGCUUCUCAAAGGCCUAACCAAGCCUUGGCACCGCCAGAUCCUUUCUGUAGGCUAAUUCCUCUUGCCCAACGGCAUAUGGAGUGUCCUUAUUGCUAAAAAGGAUUCUGUCUCCUUCAAAGAAGUUUUAUUUUUGGUCCAGAGUACUUGUUUUCCCGAUGUGUCCAGCCAGCUCCGCAGCAGCUUUUCAAAAUGCACUAUGCCUGAUUGCUGAUCGUGUUUUAACUUUUUCUUUUCCUGUUUUUAUUUUGGUAUUAAGUCGUUGCCUUUAUUUGUAAAGCUGUUAUAAAUAUAUAUUAUAUAAAUAUAUUAGAAAGGAAAAUGUUUCAGAUGUUUAUUUGUAUAAUUACUUGAUUCACACAGUGAGAAAAAAUGAAUGUAUUCCUGUUUUUGAAGAGAAGAAUAAUUUUUUUUUUCUCUAGGGAGAGGUACAGUGUUUAUAUUUUGGAGCCUUCCUGAAGGUGUAAAAUUGUAAAUAUUUUUAUCUAUGAGUAAAUGUUAAGUAGUUGUUUUAAAAUACUUAAUAAAAUAAUUCUUUUCCUGUGGAAGAGAAA